UCCGCCAUGAUAGCAAAUAUUUUUCUGAAAGGGAAGUUGUCUUAGUUGAAGCUGCAAACCCUGACGAUUUAGCCUCUCCAAUGCUCGCUUUACAUACACCAGAGGAUGUCAAAGACACUGAUUAAUUUAGAAAGGUGACCACAACACUAUGGCUACCACUGAUGUGGAUGUUAACAAUGUACUUCUGAAGGAGCUGAGGAGCAUGUACCCAGAAGUCCCAGAGCGUAUCGUCACCAAUCACAUGAUCAAGCACAAGAAUGACCGAGCUAAAGUGAUUGAAGUACUAGAUCACGAGGGACCCCAGAAUCUUUUUGAAAAACCAUUGUAUGAUCCCAUUCAGAGAAGAAUGGAAAACCUAACUAUUUCACAUACUGAAGGACGGACAAGAAGUGACUCUGGUUCAAGUGGAGUAAGCAGCACAAGUACAAACAGUGUAUCCAGUGUGUCCUCAGUGCCAUAUGGGGGAGGAAAUGCACGACCACCUCCAGAUGGAACUGAGUUUAGUCAGUUCAUGAGUCCAAGUGCGCGGAGCACCAAUAUACCAAACAUCAAUUGUAAUGUGUUUACCCCCAGUUCUCCGCCGGUGUCCACAUCGAUGGCAUUAGGCAAGGUGAACAAACCCCACUCUAGACUUCAACCUAUUCAAGUGCUACACGUUCAGACAUCACAGGGGCAGUCGCCUACCACAAGGAGUGAUCACAACAGUCCCCCUCCGCGUGUGUCAAUACUUGUGAACCCGCGCUCAAAUAAUCACAAUGCGCAGACUAAUCAGUUCCAACAUCCCUUCCAACAACAGAUGUCAUAUCCGAGUACAAAUACCACGCCUCAUAAAUGGCAGUCACAACAGUCUGUGCCUGGGAACAGCUAUAAUACAUACAACCCGCAGGGUCAUAAUUACCUAAACACGGCUGGUGGUAUUAGUCCCGGAAUACACACAGUGGAGAGACAAGCGUACCGCAAACCCCCAGUCAGUCCCCAACCCCCUGAAAGUGCAAAGCCUUCCCCUUCCCAAAGCCAUAUAUCAUUUCCCUCUCAGUAUGGAGGCCAUUCACAACCACAACAAAGCCAGUGGAAUGCGGGGACAUCCAGUUCGUCGAGUGGUUCACAUAGUGGCCAACAGUUGUCCCAGGCUACGAUAUACUUGGAGGGAGCCAACAAACCUGGAGGACAUGGGGCCAUGUAUAACAGUGGCACACAGUACAAUCACCAAAUGUCCACGGCCAACAUUCACGGCUCCCACAGUGAGCCGUAUCUGCUAGGUGGCUACAACCCUUCUCAACACCAUCAACCACAAACCCCACAGGGUGGCAGUAAUGCCACCAAGCCCCUGUUCAUUAAGGUUGCUAGUUUGACUAACCAGCAGGGUGGAGCACCAUCACAGUAUAGAUACAAGUCUGAUUCGCCGUCUAGUGCAGGAUCUAUGAACGCUCCCCAAGUGAACUCUCGAUAUGGGAAUAUAAGUGGGGACAUCCCCAGUAGGGCAGGACCCCAAACUGGGGCUGUCCACCCGGGCUCCUAUGUAGGACAGUUAUACUUGAAUGAAGUGGCCAGUACAAUUGGCAAUGGUUCGUCUAGUCACGGUGGAGAGGCGGGGCAAUUAUUUAUGCACUACCCUCCCGUUCCUACUACAUGUCGGGUGCCUGGACACCCGUCCUCGUCAGGAAGCUCUUCGCCCCCAGUCCUCCCUGCCAGAACAGGAAUUCCGUCUUCUGUGUCCGAAAAUGUGAUAAAUAGAAAAUUUAUGGAGCCUGGGGAAUCGCAACAUAUUUCACAUGCAACGUUCCAGCCAUUAGUUUCGCCCGCGUCUAGUCAAAGUAGUCUGAGUUCCGAGUCCUCAUCUCAACGGGAAAUCCAGAGGCCUAGGUCGGGCAGUGUGCAGGAGGAGGCUGACUAUAUAUCAGCUUUACUUCUUUUCCAAAAGGAAAGAAUGAGUAAACUUAAGCUAGACCUUGAGACAGAGCUAAGAAAAUUAGCAAAAAUUCGCAAUGAGGUGACGCAAAUGGAAAAAAAUAUGUUGGAUCGGACAAGAACGAGAAACCUGAACUUCUCCCCACAUUUGGAGGAUGUGGCUCGACUACGAGGCCACAACAUGAAGUUACAGGCAGAGAUCCAGGUGAUGACCCGGGAACUGGACAUGUACAAUAACGGACAAACUCCUCUAGGUGUGUUGGAUCCCCUGGAACAACAGAACUUUUUCCAGAACAUGAACCCCGGCCAGAGAGGUUCUAUAUAUUCCCGACCCCCACCACCCACACCAACACCCCCACCAACAAGUGAAACGCCCCCACCCAUCCCCCCAAGGAUCCACCAUGUGCCACCCCCUCCCCCUCCCCAGCCCCUCACAGGAUCAGGCGACUUAGAUGGUGAUGGAGAACAGUGGAACUGCUCUGCCUGUACCUUUCUCAACCACCCUGCCCUCAACAAGUGUGAAUGCUGUGAGAUGCCACGGAUGAACGCCCCGCCCCCCACCACAGAUCUUUUUGAUGAAUAUCAUGAUGACAGCCGACACAAUGAGUUAAACGAUGCAGGCAAUGAUUUUGAACUUGUUUAAUUUGAUUGGUUAGGAUUUCAAAGGUUAAAGGUAUGUAAACCUAGAGAUAAGCCAUUUAAGAAAUCCUAUGUGCUAAACUGCUUAUACAGUAAAAUUGUGUUUAUUACAAAGCUUACAAAAAUGGUAAAAAGUUAACAAAAACCAUAUGAAUUAAGGAUCACUUGCCAUAUCAGACAUAUCCAAUGUACUCUUGUGCAUGAGUGAAUUUUGAAACUCCUGUACAGAGUUCAUCGUUGUAAUUUACCUGUGUUUAUGUAACCUUAGCUCUGUUUAAGACAUUCAACCCAAAACAGAACAACAAUACUUCACUUUCACAAUGGAGCUAUAGUCAAACCUGCCUAUCAAGUCCAGUGUUACAAAGAAUUAAUGUUACAAUUUACUUAGAAGUUCAGCAUUAACAUAUCAGCUCAUUUCAAAUAAUUUGUUGUAAACUUGUUUUACUGUGUGUUAAUAUUGCUUUCUCACUUUUCACAUAGAGAAUUACAGUUCUCACAAAAUUAAUACAAAUGGCAGUUUUAGUUUUAUAUUUUUAUCUGCUUUUAGUGAUCGUUACUAGUUUAAAAAUUACAUUUUAUUUGCAUUUUAGUUUUCAUCAAUAUUAUGUUGCAAUUUUAGCAUGAACAUUUUUAUUCUUCACACUGUUAGUUAAAUUAAUACUAACCAAAUGCUAAAAGAAUACAGGACCAUGUAUAGGAAACUUGUCUUAGAAAAUUAUAAGAAAAACUGGUGUUUUCCAGGUUCAUUUUAUAAAGAUAAAAACUAUGGUUGUUAAUUCAUGGUGUAUUUUAAUUCAUUUAAUGGAAGAUGGGAAAAGUUUUGUUUUGUGGCCAUUUUUUUGUAUGUAGUGCCGGUUUUUAUUUCUGUAGUGUUAUAUUUGAUGAUAUUCUUUCUUGUUGUUGCAAUGCAAAAUCGCACAUUACCCUUUCUGAUAAAAUGGCAUUGACUUGAAAAAUGUCCACACUUUUAUCAUGUUGUUUAGAUAUGUGUAUGUUUGUUGUAUCUGUCAUCCCUUACCACCCCGUCUAGUUAUUGUCUUCUAAUUCAUUUGUUCAGACCACUUUCUAAAUCCUGAAAAUUGAAUAAAACCAAAAUUCAUCAGAAACUUCUUGAUGUUGAACAUUCAGUUAAUUGCAAACCUUGUCUAUUCUAGGUGUUCAUGUUUACAAAACUUAUAAAUAAUAAAUAAUAAUAAUAAUAAUUUGAGGUUCUUAUAUACAGCUUUAUCACAACCUAGUCGUACCAAAACGGUUCACAUAUUAUUAUCUGUGGUGAUAGGGCCUUUGCAACCAGCCAACAUAUUUCUCAACUCCCUGGGGAGCAUCAACACCCAGCACUACCAUUUUGGCACUCACAGCUGGUAUUCAACCAUUCUAGCACUGCCCAACCACAUACUCAUUUAUAGCUGGGUAGACUUGAUUUACAAUGUUAAUGUUGGGUGUAUAAAGACUAAGUGUGAUUUCUAUCUCCACCAACUUUUACUACAUGCCUGGUGAUGGGGCUGCUUUACCUGUUUGUACUGAUCACAGGCACCUGGUUUGUGAAGUAUUUAAUAAUAUACUAAGGAGACUCGUUCCCAGCAUCAAUAGCUGAGCAGCAUAUUAAUUCAAACUUCCCAAUUCUCAUUAUAAAAUGUUAUAUGUGGUUGCAUACUUGCCAAAUCUUCCUGUUAAGGAGGGAGACUCACGAUUUCGACCCUAAAAUUGAGCAUUUUCAACCAGUGAAUUUGCUAAACUAUUCCUAUUUUCUAAAGUCUGACGAUUUCACCAGAAAGAACAGCUCAAAUGAUGCUAUUAAAAAGUGUUAUUUUUCCCCUAGGGUGUACAUACACUCAUUAUAAUUUUGCAUUUAAUCAAAUAAAAUUUCAAAAAGUUGGCAACUAUGUGGUUGUGAUUAUUUGAUCAACAUUUGAUUUUAAUAGUUGUGAAUAGUUAUUUAGUGAUUCAAGUUUGUGUAAAUGUCCUUAAAGUAGGUCAAACUAAAUUCCUGUCCUGUCUCCUGAUGAUAGAAACAGGUGCCUGUGGUAUAUUCCAGCAUCUUCCUGCUUUGUUACGGGGUGCAAUGUUGUUUGUUUGUUUUCUAUUUAAUUUACGAUUUGUUUCUUCUCUCACUGUUUUGCAGGACCCACACAUCCUCACUUGCAUGGAACUUGACCUUUGACCCCCACCAGUGCUGUUUCCAAGCCGCAAGCCAUAUAUUAUUUCAAAGUUUAAGAGAAAACAAAAUUGUCUUGGAAAACUUAGCAAAAUUUGAGGUGGGAAAAUGAUAAAACAAAAUCAGAACUGCAUGUAGAACAUGUUUAACUGGAUAAGUGAUGUCGAUGGAUUCUACAUUGGGUUCAACAAAGACAUAAAUUCAUGGUAAAUAUUGUAUGCUAAGAUAGCAUAAUCAACAGUGACUGCAGUACUGAAUUUGAGUCAGGAAGGUGAUUUCUCACUAAAAUGAGGUUAUUUAGAUGUGCCAGAAUGUUGGGGUGUACCGUGGCUGUGUAAAGGAUAGGACAAAUAUUCUAAGUGUUAUUUUUUGGAGGAGAACUCCAAACUAGAUAUUUUUACCAUGGUUUGUGUCUUUGUUGGGCUAAAUGUAGCUGUACAUGGAUCUAGACUUGAAGACUUCACGUUUGGAGGUCUGUUUUACUUUUCACUGUGUUGUCAUCAUCCCUUUUGGGAGUCCUAUGUAAAUUCUAUAGAUAUGAAUGUGUUAUGAUGCCUUUAGAUAUUCUUUGGAACCUAAAGCAUCAGAUAAUGCAUCAAUAUAUAGCAACAUUCAUUUUAUGAAAUAUUUGACAUCAUAAUCCAAUUUUGUGGUAAGAAAUAUAAAAAGUAGACAUUAAGUUGAUCACCCCUGAUAUUUGAUAAUGGACUAUUCAAACCUUUAAUUGGAAGAGUUCAAAUGUGUCUUCAGGGUGGAAUGAGUUUAGGCAGGGAUGUACAAAUUCAUAAUUUGAGUACUGGCCUGCAGGUAGAUUUUACAAAAUUCCACUAGGCCGAGCUUUAUUGUUAUGAUAUUGAACAGUUUUUUUGCUCUCUCUGGUAUAUAAUCUUAAAGCCCAAGGCAUCAGGCUAUGUUUUUACGAAAAAUAACCAUUCAAAUACAAGUCUCUUCUUGAGAAAAGCAAUUCCUAUCUUGACAUGUAAAAGUUUCAUAGCUUCCAAGGUCUAGCAGUAAUUAAAACAUGUCUGUUUAAAGACAAAAGUUGUCGCUGGUGAUCACGGCAUGUGUUGAACCUGUAGGUUGUAUUACAGCAAUGUUAUGGUAAUUGAACAUGAACAGUGGUAGAUUCUAAUGAGGAAAAUGAUAUCCUGGAAUGACAGUUCUAUUCACGGCUCUUAUUAGGGGUGACUGUGUUACUGAGAUGAGAACUGUUACAGAACACACUGUCAGUUAUCAAUACAUUUGUUCAACACCUAACUGGACAACAGUUCCUGUAAACUUGUGUGUUUAAACACAUUGCAUAGCAGUAAGAACCAAUUCAAAUGCAUAUUGAAUUCAGAAAUCCUUUAAAAGUUAGAUAGACUUUUAGUCAGCAUACUGUAAAUUGGAAUGUUUUUGUUCUGUCAUAUGCUAAGAGCGGAAAUGAUCCUCUUGAUUAUGUUUUGGUCAAAGUAUCAAUUUUACUUUAUCUAAAUAUUUUUUCAAAUGGUAGACCAAUGUUUAGGAGCAAAAAGUAAAAAGAUUGUCUUUUAGACGCAAGGUUAUCGUUUGUUUAAUACACUAUAACAGUUUUGUCAAAGGUUUUAUGAUGAGUAAGAUGAUAACUAUGUUUCAAAAUUUUUCAACUCCAGAUUUCAAAGAAGGAUUAAAACGAGAUAUUAUUGUACUGGGCAUUGAAAUGCAUUUUGUCAAUUUAUUUACAAAGAUACCAGACCAUAUAGAGGUGAAAAAUAUUUUAACAUCUUAAAGCAUUUAAUCAUCUAUUCAUCAUACCAGGCACUUUAACCAGGUACUAAACCAUAGGGGUCAUUAUUGAAUAUGUUUAGUAGAGAAGCAUUCAAAGGUUAUUCACAUGUAUUCUAUCAUAAGUUGAUGUUUGUGGACAUAGAUGAAAUCAGCAUCACUGAAAAUAAAGUUUAUGAUGCUAAUCCUAAUUUGAAGCUAUUUUGCGUAUGGAUUCACUUAAGAAACUCCACUGAUACCGUAUGUACAGUCUAGUGUUGCCUGGGUGAUUAUAUGAAUUCUCAUCAUAUCAGAUUAGUUAUUUUCCAUUACCGAGUUAAUCUGAUUUGUAUUAAUUAUUGUUAAAAAAUAUAUACAAUUUUUAUCAAAAAGUUCCAUAAUUAUGAAUUAUGUACCAUCAUCCUGUUGCGAGGCCAUAGUCUUUUUAGGUCUUUGUCAGGUCUAUCAAAUUCAUGUCCAUUUUUUUGGCCAAAAUAAGAGUCAUUGAUGAGUUAAAUCUCUGUCAUUUCAACAUUUUAAAGAUGUUCGGGUGUGUGAAAGUCAUUUACUGUAGCAUGUGUAACCAUACACACCAUCUCGGCUCAUACAGUUGGUUUGCUUAGAUAAGGUUGAAAUACAUAUAUAGUGGAAAGAAAAAGUGAAAACUUGAUUGAAUUAACAAUAAUCAAGAGAUGAGAUGUUAUUAUGUCUCACAGGAAGGUGAUGAAAUACAAUGGAUCAAUUUGUGCCAAAUGAUGGUUCCAAGUGGGAGAAA